AUGGGUGAGAUCAACGAAGAGAAGCACGGCAUCUCGGUCAGCGAGGGGGCCAAGGUCGCCAACAUGCAUGGCGCGACUGCGGAGAAGCCUGGGGCCACCACCAAGGCCGUCUUCAACGCCGAGCUGUUCGCUGCCAUUAACGAGACCAAGAUCGAGAGGUGGAGCAAGACUUCGAUCCACCUUUACUUCUGUAUCUUCGUCGCCUUCUGCUGUGCCUGCGCCAACGGAUACGAUGGCUCCCUCAUGGGCGCCGUGUUCGCAAUGGAGCACUUCCAGAACGUCUUCAACACCGGCAUGACCGGCCAGAAGGUCUCCGUCGUCACCUCGCUCUACACAGUUGGCUCCAUGGUCGCAACCCCCUUCUCCGCCGUCAUCUCCGACAAUCUCGGCCGUCGCAAGUGCAUGUUCGCCGGAGGAUGGAUCAUCAUCAUCGGCUCGAUCAUCAUCUCGACCGCCAACACCCUCGCCCACUUCAUCGUCGGUCGCUUCGUCCUCGGCUUCGGCAUCCAGGUCAUGGUCGUGUCUGCGCCCGCCUACGCAGCCGAGAUUGCGCCUCCCCACUGGCGUGGCCGUGCAGUCGGCUUCUACAACUGCGGCUGGUUCGGUGGCUCCAUCCCCGCCGCCUGCGUGACCUACGGCUGCAACUUCAUCAACAGCAACUGGUCGUGGCGCCUGCCCUUCAUCCUGCAGUGCUUCGCCUCCGUCAUCGUCAUCAUCUCCGUCUGGUUCAUUCCCGAGUCUCCCCGUUGGCUCAUGUCCCACGGCCGCGAAGAGCAGGCGAUUGCCAUUCUUGCUAAAUACCACGGUAACGGCGACCCCAACGCGCGCCUCGUACGUCUCGAAAUCGAGGAGAUGAGGGAGGGUAUCCGCCAGGACGGUAUCGACAAGACAUGGUGGGAUUACCGCCCCUUCAUCUUCUCCCACAGCGGCCGCUGGCGCUUCGCCCAGGUCAUCAUGAUCUCCAUCUUCGGCCAAUGGUCCGGCAACGGCCUCGGCUACUUCAACCCAGCCAUCUACGAGGCCCUCGGAUACACCUCCAGCUCCAUGCAGCUCCUCUUCAACCUCGUGCACUCCGUCGUCGGCGCAAUCGGCGCCCUAACAGCCGUGUACUUCUGCGACAGGAUGCCCCGUCGUACCGUCCUGGUCUGGGGAACCCUCGGCUGCGCCGUCUGCAUGGCCAUCAACGCCGGCGUCUCCCAGCCCCUCAUCCCCGAGCGCGACGCCGGCCUCCCCCUCGACCGCACCCUCGGCCAAACCGCCCUCGCCUUCUACUACCUCUUCCAGCUCGUCUUCUCCUUCACCUACACGCCGCUGCAGGGCGUCGUCCCCGCCGAGGCACUGGAGACAACAACCCGCGCCAAGGGCCUCGCGCUCUCGGGCUUCCUGGUCAGCGGAACAAGCUUCAUCUCGCAGUAUGCGUCCCCGAUCGCGCUGGGCGAUAUCUCGACGAAUUACUUCUGGAUUUUUGUCGGCUGGGACGUUAUUGAGUCUGCUUGUUGGUAUUUCUUUGGUGUCGAGGCCCAAGGCCGCACCCUCGAGGAACUCGAGCAUAUCUACCAGCAGCCGUCCCCCGUCAAGGCGUCCAAGAAGCGCGACCAUGUCGUUGUGCAGCAGGAUGGGCACGUCACCGAGAAGAUCUCCGCGGAUGAGGCUUGA